UCAAGCCUAAAAAAAUCCAACUUUGCCCCUCCUUUGCCCGGCUCGCCUUCGCCCUCGGCCUUGCCCACGCGGGCUCCCCGGGCCAGCCGGCCCGGCACCGUCACCGCCGCGGUGGCUUCGCCCUCCCCCGCGCCGCCGCCCGGGGCCUUGCCCGAGAGGGAGGCCGGCCCCUCGGUGUGGGCGGCCGGCGGCUCCGCGCGCCAGCCGGGGCGCGCCACAGCGCCAUGUUGGCGGGCGCCGUCUUCCUCCGCCGGGUGAGCCGGCCGCCCUCGCGCUGCCUGUCGGUCCCCGGGCUGCCCCCGCCCCGCGGGGCUCGUCUCCGCGCGCACUGGAAGCGCGGCGCUCGGCCACCGCCGCCUCGUCCCCUCGCGGGCGCCCUCCCCCUUCUUAAAAGGGCAACGGUGGCCGACGCGGGGCUGGGGCGGCCUGGGCCCCGCACGUGCUCCACGCGGCGGCCUCUGCGGCCGGCUGUGCGCAGGCCGCGGGCCCGACGCCGCUCUCGUGCGCUGCGGCGCGCGUGGGCUCGACCCUGGGCCCACGAGGUCGAGCGGGACAGGCGGCCUGGGCUGGCGCCCUCAGGUUCGAGAACUUGUCUUGGACAAUUGCAAAGCAAUGGAUGGAAAAAUUGAGGGGUUAACAGAUGAAUUUGUGAACUUAGAGUUCCUCAGUUUAAUAAGUGUAGGCUUGUUUUCAGUUUCAGACCUCCCGAAGCUACCUAAGUUGAAAAAGCUUGAGCUCAGUGAAAAUAGAAUCUUCGGAGGUCUGGACAGACUAGCAGAAGAACUUCCAAGCCUCACACAUCUGAACCUAAGUGGCAAUAACCUGAAAGAUAUCAGCACCUUGGAGCCGUUGAAAAGGUUGGAUUGUCUGAAAAGCCUGGAUCUGUUUGGCUGUGAGGUCACUAACCGGAGUGAUUACCGAGAAACUGUCUUCAGGCUCCUGCCCCAGCUGUCCUAUCUGGAUGGCUAUGACCGAGAGGACCAGGAAGCACCUGACUCAGAUGUGGAGGUGGAUAGUGUAGAGGAAGCCCCCGACUCAGAUGGAGAGGUGGAUGGUGUGGACAAAGAGGAAGAGGAUGAAGAAGGAGAGGAUGAAGAGGAAGAGGAAGAUGAGGAUGGUGAGGAAGAAGAAGAUGAAGACGAAGAAGAUGAGGAUGAAGAUGAGGAUGUAGAAGGAGAAGAUGAUGAGGAUGAAGUCAGCGGGGAGGAAGAAGAAUUUGGACAUGAUGGGGAAGUUGAUGAAGAUGAAGAAGAUGAGGAUGAAGAUGAGGAUGAAGAGGAGGAAGAAAGUGGGAAGGGUGAAAAGAGAAAGAGAGAAACAGAUGACGAAGGAGAAGAUGAUUAAGACCCGAAACAACCUGCAAGAAACAGAACUGUUGAGUAUUGGUUGGACUGCUCAUGGAUUUGGUAGCUGUUUUAAAAAGGUAGCUGUGAUACAAGCCCCAGGACACCCCCACCCAAAGAGCCAAAGAAUAGUUCCCGCGACAUUCCGCCUUCCUCCGUUAGCCCCUUGGUAAUCCACCACCAAGCCUGGGGACUUCGCCCCAACAAAAUUGUAAACGUUGUUAGGUUUUCGUGUAAGACUCUUGCUGUAUCGUGACAGCUGUGAUUGGUGAGUUGACCGUCCUGGCUGCCAGUUACACUGCGAUUGUAACAACAUUUUUACUUUCUGUACAACAAGGAAAAGCUUUGUAAAUAAAAUCUUAACAUUUUGGGUCUGUUU